AAAUGGCCCAAAUGCAAUUUCGUGUAUGCUUCUCCCAUUACUCGUUUGACUCAUUUUCAGUUCGUCCAAAACAACAAGCGCCAUUUAAAUUUCCACUGUCCACGGCAUAAUCAGAGUUGACAUACCCGACACGAACCAUGGCAACGGUGGCGCAGCCGUGUCCUUCAUGGAAGCGCGGUUCUGUUCCGCUCUCCAAGCGCCUCACACGACGUCGUUUCAGCGGAAGAAUCACUCUCACGCGCCUCACCCCACAAGCUGCUCUGGUCCAAGCACCGCCUCCACCUUCCGCGCCCAGAGACAAUAGCUCCAUUCAGGUCCUCACCCUGUCACGUGCCAAUGACUUGCAAGCCGAGGCCAGAGCCAUGGCACGCGCGGCCAAUGCGACCGUCUACAACCCGCAACUGAUAGCGUCCAUGUAUGGCUCUCAGCCCGUUAAGGUGGUGCGGAGGACCCUUCAGAUUGUAGGUGCGUUGGGUUCGUUUGGGAUGAAGCUGUUGCUGGACCAGAGGAAUGGAGUGCUCGAUAAGAAUAGAAUAGUUCGUGCGUCUGAGCUUAAGAACAUAUUUACGAAGCUGGGUCCCACUUUUGUGAAAUUGGGUCAGGGAUUGUCCACAAGGCCUGACAUAUGCCCACCGGAGUAUUUGGAAGAGCUUUCUGAGCUUCAAGAUGGUUUGCCUACAUUUCCUGAUGAGGAGGCCUUUGCAUGCAUUGAGAGGGAAUUGGGUCUAUCUCUUGACUCCAUAUUCUCUUCUAUAUCACCAUCACCCAUAGCAGCAGCCAGUUUAGGACAAGUUUAUAAAGCUCAGUUGAAAUAUUCAGGAAGACUUGUGGCUGUGAAGGUGCAACGUCCUUGUAUUGAGGAAGCAAUAGGAUUGGACUUCUACCUGAUAAGAGGUCUUGGGAUUUUUAUUAAUAAAUAUGUUGACAUAAUCACUAGCGAUGUUGUUGCGCUUAUUGAUGAAUUUGCACGUAGAGUAUUUCAGGAGCUCAACUAUGUGCAGGAGGGACAAAAUGCAAGGAGGUUCAAAAAAUUGUAUGCUGACAAGGAAGAUAUCUGUGUCCCUGAUGUUUUCUGGGAUUAUACAAGUGCCAAAGUACUGACGAUGGAGUGGGUUGACGGAGUCAAACUAAAUGAACAGGAAGCUAUUGAGAGACAAGGAUUAAAAGUGUUGGAUUUGGUUAAUACAGGCAUUCAGUGCAGCCUCAGACAACUACUUGAGUAUGGAUAUUUCCAUGCAGAUCCACAUCCUGGGAACCUUUUAGCAACACCGGAGGGAAAGCUUGCUUUUCUUGAUUUUGGGAUGAUGAGUGAGACUCCAGAAGAAGCAAGAUCUGCCAUAAUUGGCCAUGUUGUUCACUUAGUUAACCGAGACUAUGAAGCUAUGGCUCGUGACUACUAUGCUCUUGAUUUUCUGUCACCUGAUGUUGAUGUAUCACCAAUUGUACCAGCACUACGAGACUUUUUUGAUGAUGCACUUAAUUAUACUGUGAGUGAACUUAACUUCAAGACACUGGUGGAUGGUCUAGGAAACGUUUUGUAUCAAUUUCCAUUCAAUGUCCCAGCCUACUAUGCUUUAAUAUUAAGGUCUCUCACUGUCUUAGAAGGUUUAGCACUUUAUGCUGAUCCCAAUUUUAAGGUUCUUGCGGCAUCUUACCCAUAUUUUGCUAAGCGGCUGUUGACAGACCCAAACCCAUAUCUCAGAGAUGCUCUUAUAGAGUUGCUUUUCCAGGAUGGGAGAUUCAGGUGGGGUAGGCUUGAAAACCUGCUAGUCCAGGGGAGAAUGGAUAGAGAUUUCUCCGCAAAAGAGGCUUUACAACCUGUCCUAAAAGUAUUGUUGAGUCCAGAUGGUGAAGAACUCAGGACCCUUGUUAUCAAAGAAGCUGUUCAAGUGACUGAAGCUUUUACACUUAGCACAAUUUCUGAUACAUACAAGUCAGUUCCUGAUUUUAUGAAGACUCUUGUUUUCAAUGGCAAUGCAAAUGGACCCAUUAUAAUGUCCGAAGUUGAAACACAAAAGAUGAUAGAGCUUAGAGAUCAAGUAUUCAGGAUAUGGGGACUUUUGCAAUCAUCUAAUGAUUUUGAUCGAGAUCUUUUACUACCUAUACUACAGGUCCUUCAGCAACCUGAGGCACGCAGACUUGGGGAACGUGUUAUGGGCGGGAUCUCUCAACGUCUUGCAGCACGCUUUCUGCAACAAGUACUUCGAGUUCCAACACCUUCCACAUAGAUUUUCUAUGUGCUUGUUAGAAGGGAAUAGAGGAAUUACAUUCUUACAGAGCAAGAAAAGAAAUUGAUUCUUCCAAAAUUGUUGGAUUAGCUUGUUUGUUUUGGAUCCUCUCCUUUGCAAGAAAAAAGAAACCUGUACAUAUUAUAUACUCAGUAUUAUUGAUGCUGCAAGCAUCAUAAUCAAUCAUAAUCAUCAUCAUCAAGAACAAUAAUGUUAUAGUGUCAAUUGAAAAGGCAUUGCUUUGUGCCUCUUGUUCUUUUCAUGCA